AUGGGCCUGCAUGAUGGCAAUUACUGGGCGUACUCAGGCCCGAGUAUUCCGCAGCCCACGGAAGCGCAGCACAUCAUCUCCAUCCUGCAUGACAGUAGCAAAGCUUUCAGGGAGGGGGUGACAGUCGCCGGCGUCAAAUACUUUGUUAUCCAAGUUCGAGACAAUGGAGGGAUCGUCGGCAAGUUGGGUUCGGCCUACGUCUACAUCCGGCCGGGCAACCAAGUCGUCAUCGUAGGCGCUGCUGGUCAGAAUCAACUCAAUGCAGAGUGCGUGUCCGCCGUGGACCACACGGUCGACAUGCUGAUGGAGAACGGGUACUGA